AUGAAUUCGCCAGCUGGAAAGCUAGGAACCGAUGUAUUCCAAAUACCACCACUUGAGGCCUUGAAAGCCGUGACAGCCCAACUGGCUGAGUUAGCACGCCUUACUGGAGAUGUCCCUACGACAUUACUUUCCCAACAGGACCAUCGUCCCUAUAGUCCCGUGGACGGUAUCGACAAUGUGAUGGAGAAACAAAAUACCACUAUCAGCAUUACUGAACUCCAUGGGGCAGACUCCAAACAUGUCUCUCCAAAGGAAGACCAAACAGGGAAAUUCCAGCACAACGUAUUAGCAAAACGAUUCUUUUCGAAGAAAGCUCCGCCUAUCUCACUGGAGGAAUAUCUCCUCCGACUUCACAAGUAUUGCCCCAUGUCUACGGCAGUCUAUCUAGCAGCCAGCCUUUACAUCACCAAGAUGGUUGUCACCGAAAAAGCCCUUUUCGUGACACCGAGAAACGUGCAUCGAUUAGUCCUUGCGGGUCUUCGAGUCGCAAUGAAAGCUCUAGAGGAUCUGACCUAUCCUCACUCACGCUUUGCUCGGGUUGGUGGCGUUACAGAGCGAGAACUUACACGGCUUGAAAUCACAUUCUGUUUCCUCAUGGAUUUCGCAUUACGGGUAGAUGCACACGCGUUGACUUGCCAGGUCAGUUUACUCAAGGGAUUGCCAUAUGAAGAUAUGAUUCCUAGGCCCCCUCCACGGAGCCCCAGUCGGGAUAGCACUUCUACUGCAGCUCCAGCGCCCGUUUCCAACGAGAUUGUGUCUAGCCCACCCCCAAGCCAAUGA